ACAUGUCAGUGACACGGUGCAAUGUAGAAGAUCUCAAUCCGUCGAGGAUCAGGACCCCACAGCCACCAAAAGCCUUGUGCCUAGCCGACGCUGUCACGCGGCGACGGCGGCGGCGGCGUCGCCGGCGCGGCGACAUGCUCCACCUCCGCAACCACCUCCUCCCGCUGCUCCACGCCGCCACCUCCACCGCCUCCUCCUCCCCUCUGCACCUCACCCACCGCCUUCUCUCCACCGCCGCAAGAUCCCCCUUCUCCGUCGAGCACUACCUCAUCGCCACCUGCGGCCUCACCGCCGCUCAGGCGCGCAGGGCGUCCCCGAAGCUCUCCCGUCUCAACUCCUCCUCCAACCCCGACGCCGUGCUCGCCCUCCUCUCCUCCUCCGCCGCCGGCCUCGACUCCCUCUCCCUCUCCCGCGCGGACCUCGCCGCCGUCGUCGCCGCCGAGCCGCGGCUGCUCCGCGCGAGGCCCGGCACCAUCGCCCGCCGCAUCGCCUCCCUCCGCGGCCGCGCCAACCUGUCUGCGCCCCAGAUCCGCAGCUUCCUCAUGUCCGGCGGCGCGGCGCACCUCGCCUCGUCCGACGUCUCCCCGAAGCUCGCGUUCUGGGUCCCCUUCCUCGGCUCCUUCGACAUGCUCCUCAAGAUCCUCAGGAGGUGCAACGCGAUCCUCGCCACCGACGUCGACAGGGUGGUCAGGCCCAACGUCGCGCUGCUCGGGGAGUGCGGGCUAGGUGUUUGUGAUAUUGUCCAGAUGACCCAGACCGCCGCGUGGCUGCUCACGUUCAACCCAGAGCGACUGAAGAUUGUCGUGCGGCGCGCCGAGGAGCUCGGCGUGCCCACUUCAUCGUGGGCGUUCAAGGACGCCGUGUGCACCGUCGCCCGUAACAACGAGGGCACCAUCGCCGCGAGGAUGGAGUUCUUGCGCGGCACUCUUGGUUGCUCCAUGGACAAGCUACGCUCUGCGAUCAGCAGGAAGCCGAGCAUUCUAGGAUUCUCGGAGAAGACGCUUCGCGGCAAAAUAGAGUUCUUGCUCACUAAGGUCCAAUUGGAGACUGAAUACAUCUUGCAGAGGCCUGUGAUGCUCACGCUCAGCCUGGACAAGCGGUUGGCGCCGCGGCAUUAUGUUCUACAAGCCCUUGUGGAGAAGGGGUUGAUAAAAAAUGAUGUUGAUUACUACAGUUGUGUUUGUUUUGGCAAUGAACAUUUCGUAGCGAGGUACAUUGAUCGCCACGAGGAUGCUCUUCCUGGUCUCACGGAUGCCUAUGCCGCUGUUCAUGCUGGCAAAUCGCCUGCACAAAGUCUAACUCAACAUCUUAAGACAGACAGAUAUCGGAGUGAUGGAGAGGCAACAUACGUGUUGAGGAAUCAACCGGUCGGAAUGGAAGACAAGUGAAAAUAGGCACGUAUAUAACAUCGGUUGGAACAGAAGGCAUGAAUGAUCAAACAUAUGUCCAAAAAUCAUCAACGUCAAACAUUACAAGCUGAAGGGGGUAUAGUAAGGUAAUUAACCAACAAUGCCAAAAGUCUAUUUCAACUACUUAUCGUUGGUUUGGACCUUCGAGAUGGGCCGGUUCUAUCAACUAGGAGACAAGGGGGCCCAUCCAGAGACCAACAACAGCUUGGCCCAGCCCAUGCACAUCUAGAGUUGCAUCCAGCAUCUGAUUUCUGCUACAAGGAAGAAUCGUUCACUAGAACCCCAGUGGCAGCAUGAAGCGUUCACAGCAUGCACAAUGCAUCAACAAACCAAGGGGAACUAAAAAUUUUAAUGGUGCUAAAAUUUUGGGAAUCUCCUGCUUCUGUACUCUCUUAACUUUUAGCUGAACUUUGGUAGUACCCAACUUUUAACCAUUCCAAUUUUGGUAAUGCUAGAAUUAAGGUUAGGCUUCAUAUGCUUCGUAUGGCUAAUGAGCCAAACAUAUAGCAUCAAUGCUUUCACUUGGCAAAAGUUGUUGAGCCUUUCCAAAUGCAUGAAGCAAUCCAAAUUGUUUUUAUUACUAUAUGACAAAUGCAUCAGGUGACAUUUUUAUGGGGU